ACAAUCACACAGCUAUACGAAUUCGGCUUCUUUCUCUCGAACCGGUCGAAUUGUUAUCACUUUCAUUCUUCUCUUUCAAACGGCUCGAAAGGCACAUCAAGCAUGGUGAAAAUUGGCCUCCAAAUAAAGGCCACUCUCGAGAACAUCGAGGAACUGAAAACCUGCCACCCGGACUACGCUUUCUUCCUCAAAAUUAAAUGCAGCAACUGCGGUGAGGUCUCGGAUAAGUGGCACGACCUCACCGAGCGAGAGCACAUCGAAGAAGAUUCACGCAACCCGAAAGGAUACAACUUUCACAUGAAAUGCCGGAUGUGUUCGCGUGAUAAUAGUGUGGAUAUAGUGGAAGGAAGCAAUGCAAGUUAUAACGCGGAGGAUUCGGGGAAACUGAAAACAAUCGUUGCAUUCGACUGCCGUGGGGUGGAACCUGUUGAGUUUAGUCCCAGAAGUGGAUGGAUUGCAAAGGCGACAGAUAAUGGGCCAACUUUUGAGGACAUAGACCUGUCGGAAGAUGACUGGGUGGAAUACGAUCAGAAGAACAAUAAUUCCGUAGGUGUUUAUGAGUUUGAGUUUAACUUCAUUAAAAUGAAGAAAUGAUGUGUUCUUAUUUUCUUCUUCUAAAUUGUUGUAUGGAAUGAAUUGGUUUUAUUUUGUUACUAGCUGAACCGGCAAA